GACGGGGGAGCCGAGCGGCGGCGGCGGCGGCGGCGGGGGCGGUAAUGGCGGAGCUGGUGCAGGGGCAGAGCGCUCCGGUGGGGAUGAAGGCCGAGGGCUUCGUGGACGCUCUGCACCGGGUCCGGCAGAAAGCUACAGGACUCAUUGUAUUAGAAGAAAGCCUCCACUCGGUCGCUUGAAGAUAUGGUCUUUACACCUCUUUCCAGUAUUCCAGGGGAGGGAACCCUACCUGUUUCCCAGAUACUGACUUUUCACUGUAAUACUGAUGCUCCUAUAGACAUUACAUUGGAUCCCAGAAGUUUCCAAACCUGUGGUUCUGCCUAAAAUUUUAUCCGAUGACUUGUUACUUACUGCCUAGGCACCAACCAAUAUAUAGCGAGUAUCCAUCUUACUUAGACUUCAGAGCCAACCAGUGGCUGUAAUGGAUGAACAGUGCCAUCCAGCUCCCCUUCCAGCACUCUGCUUGCCGGCGUGUUACACUGCUCUCCUCUACAGUACAGGGUCCUGAACCUUGUUUCUCACUGGCUACUAAUAUGUAAUGGCUUUCACUCUGUGCUGAUGUGUGACAAUCACCUUGUCGGCCUCUGUAUCCAGGAAGAAUUAUAGUCACUACCCUAAAGAGCUCAGAUCCUCAGUUUGCAGAAGGCCUGUAGUUGAACAUAAAAUGAAUUUUGAACCAUUGAGAAGACUUUCUGCUUCUCUUGAGCCAGUGGUUGAACUCAUAUUCUUGGACAACCUGCUCAAGAGGGAGGGAGACCCUCUGUUAAAUGCUGACCUAAUGUGGAUUGUUGAAGCAGUGGUGUUUACUACUAGCAGAGGAAACUUCACUGGAAAUGUUCCCAGCUCUGAAAUGCACCAUUGACUGGAGCAGUUGUAAGCCCAAUGGAGACAGUGCUAUUGCUGCUAAAAUUGAUUCAAUUCCUCACUUGAAUAAUUCCACACCUCUAGUGGACCCCUCAGUGUAUGGCUAUGGAGUACAAAAACGGCCCUUGGAUGAUGGAGUAGCUAACCAGUUAGGGGCCUUGGUACAUCAAAGGGCAGUAAUAACAGAAGAAUUCAAAGUGCCUGAUAAAAUGGUUGGAUUUAUUAUCGGCCGGGGAGGUGAGCAGAUUUCACGGAUUCAAGCAGAAUCUGGUUGCAAAAUUCAGAUUGCCUCGGAGAGUUCUGGGAUUCCAGAGAGGCCCUGUGUACUUACCGGAACCCCAGAAAGCAUUGAACAAGCCAAACGGCUCCUGGGACAGAUUGUGGACCGCUGUCGGAAUGGACCUGGCUUUCAUAAUGACAUAGACGGCAACAGCACGAUCCAGGAGAUUCUCAUCCCUGCGUCUAAAGUGGGGCUGGUCAUCGGCAAGGGAGGGGAGACAAUAAAGCAGUUGCAGGAGCGGGCAGGCGUGAAGAUGGUCAUGAUCCAGGACGGCCCGUUGCCCACGGGAGCGGACAAGCCUCUGCGCAUCACCGGAGACCCAUUUAAAGUACAGCAAGCAAGAGAAAUGGUAUUAGAGAUCAUCCGAGAAAAAGACCAAGCUGAUUUUCGAGGUGUACGCGGUGAUUUCAGCUCCCGAAUGGGAGGAGGCAGUAUAGAGGUGUCUGUGCCUAGGUUUGCAGUUGGGAUUGUAAUAGGAAGAAAUGGGGAAAUGAUCAAAAAGAUCCAGAAUGAUGCCGGUGUGAGAAUUCAGUUCAAACCAGAUGAUGGUAUUAGUCCAGAGAGAGCUGCACAGGUCAUGGGACCCCCAGAGCGAUGCCAGCACGCAGCACAUGUCAUCAACGAGCUUAUUCUUACAGCCCAGGAAAGAGAUGGCUUCGGAGGCCUGGCGGUAGCCAGAGGAAGAGGCCGUGGCCGCGGUGACUGGAGCGUGGGAAACCCUGGUGGCAUCCAGGAGAUAACCUACACAGUGCCGGCAGAUAAGUGCGGCCUCGUCAUAGGCAAAGGGGGCGAGAACAUCAAAAGCAUAAACCAGCAUUCAGGAGCGCACGUGGAGCUUCAGCGGAACCCGCCUCCCAGCACGGACCCCAGCCUGCGGAUGUUCACCAUCAGGGGCCUUCCUCAGCAGAUCGAGCUGGCCAGACACCUCAUCGACGAGAAAGUGGGCGGUGCCAGUCUCGGAGCGCCCGGAGCCUUCGCACAGGGCCCCUUCAGCCAGCCACCUGCCGCGCCGCAUCAGAACACCUUUCCUCCGAGGAGCUCAGGGUGCUUCCCAAACAUGGCCGCUAAAGUGAACGGAAGCCCUCACAGCGCGCCUGUGAGUGGUCCUCCGGCCUUCCUGACCCAGGGCUGGGGCAGCACCUACCAGGCGUGGCAGCAGCCCACACAGCAGGUUCCAAGCCAGCAGAGCCAGCCGCAGAGCAGCCAGCCCGACUACAGCAAGGCCUGGGAAGACUAUUACAGAAAACAGAGUCACGCCGCCAGCGCCGCUCCUCAGGCCAGCUCCCCGCCGGACUACACAAUGGCCUGGGCGGAGUAUUACAGACAGCAGGUCGCGUUCUACGGGCAGACAUUAGGGCAGGCUCAGGCCCACAGCCAGGAACAGUAGGACAGUGGCCUGCAGCCCCUUUUCCCCGCCGCCCCCGAAACCAUUGUGAGCAAAACCUAUUUGUAACAGAGGUUUUUAGAUGUGCAAACCUUUUGAUGAAGAACCUUUGUUUUGUUCUGUGAAACACUAUAUUUAGAUUAACAGAAUUUUUCUAAAAAUCGGGAAAAUCAGUUACUAAAAAUUGCUGAUAAUUUUUGUUUUGUUAUUUUUGUUUGUUACUUCAAAUGUGUAAGCUCUGGGAUUCUUUUUGGAGCAAUACCUGCAAAUUCGGGCACCAGAAUGUGCCGCAGAGCAGUGACAUUUCAACAUGGUGUGUUUUUGUUUUGUUUUGUUUGCAUGUCUUUUUAUUUACAGUUUUUUCUGUUGCAACAGAAAGUGGCUUGGAAGUCUUAGGUGGCUUGUAACAAAUUCUUUAAACAAAUUUUUAAACAGUAUUUAAAUAUUCUUAAAUGUGUAAAUUCAUUAAAUGUUUUACUUCUAAUUUCUUGUAUCUUGGCUGUCUGGUUUUAUUGCAUUUUUUAAAAAACUGAACUAUUAUGUAUUGUAAUUAAUUAUGUGAAUUCUGAAUUGAGACAGAUAAUUGUAUUGCUGUCCAACAGGGCUCGGGAGGGGGCAUUUUAUAGGGUUUGUAUAAUUUCUAGAGUUCUAAAGGGGUAAUAAUAUAAAAAUGUGUUUGUGUGUUUAGCAGACGUUUUUUCAUGUCUCCAUGACCUACCGAUUGCAAUUGUGUAUCUAAGACCUCCAAGCUUGUUUUAAAAACAAAACAAAAAAACCUUUCUCUAUUCUCUCAGAAAUAUAAAUACUGUUAUUUUUAAUAUUAAAAAUAAAUUCAAUAUAACUUUUAACAAACACUGUGGAACAUUAAACCGCAUAAAAAUGUAGUAACUAUUUUUUAAUUCCAAGGUGUUUUUUGCUUUUUUCUUUUAAAUAUUUUCUUAAUAUUUGUCAAAUUAACUAGAUGAAUAAAUAAAUCUAGCAUUAACCACAAUAUGAAUUAAAUAAUUUUGAUUUAAUAAAAGGGAUAAUAUGAUUUCCAGUGUUUACUGUAGCGUAUCUUGUACAGAUAACAUGUAUUUUUAAAGGAAAGAAAAACGGAAUUGAAGCUAUUUUUUCUUGCGUUUUUCAAUUGACCUGGGGGACAUUCCGUUUGAGAUAUACUGAAGUUACAGUGUCUGGGGUUUUUCUCCUUAUUUUCCUUAUAAUGCUUGAAAUGUCUAACUAUUAAAAAAGGCAAUUGGAAAAUGUUAUGCAUGUUGUUUUUUAAAAAAAGUGUUGUUUUUAUUGGACUGACAAUUCAUUUUACACUCUACAUAAUAAAAUUUCCACAAGACAUCUUGUGGGCAAAGUA